GUCUGGAGUCUAACCCUGUUAGAGAGGCUGCUGCUGAUAGCAGGCUCCACCACCAGAGACCGGGGGCCAGGAACCGGCCUCCUUCCUACAGGACAGGCUGACCUCUGGUCCACCUUCAGCAACCUCAAGGGAAUGUUCUAGAGCAGCCCAUUGACUCCAGCCUCUAGGAUCCACUUGUUAGGAUGCAGUGGUUAGGAUCCAGUGGUAAGGAUCCACUCUUUAGGAUCCUCUAGUUAGGAUCCACUCGUUAGGAUCCACUAGCUAGCGCCCAACCAAUAGGAUCCCCUAGCUAGCUCCCAGCCAAUAGGAUCCACUCGUUAUUAUGGACGUGCUCGCGGCCAGCGGCUCUGAUGGGCGUGUGCAGAGGCCUUUGACGACAGCUUCCCGCCGUGGACUGACACACCGCCACCAUGGAGACCACGCACAGGGCUGUGCUGCAGAACCGAGUGAGGAGGUCCACCAUCUGACCGGCCAAUCAGCUGCUACUACUGCAGCCCCGCUUACUCCCCACAGCCAACCACAGCUUAGGGGGUCUGGUCUCUAGAGGGUCUCUUCUCUAGGUUCUGGUCUCUAGAGGGUCUGGUCUCUAGGGUCUGGUCUCUAGUGGGUCUGGUCUCUAGAGGGUCUGGUCUCUAGAGGGUCUGGUCUACAGAGACCUGGUCUGAAGACAUGGCUCUCCUUCGGACCCUGUGGAUGGCCCUCCCAUCUCUCUGCCUGCUGGUGUACAGCAGUGAAGCUGCAGGGCAGAACCCGGACCACGUGCUCCAGGGUACGGGGGUGAACCCGGACCCCGGGCCCCGGGGGGACGACUCCACUGUGGCCCCCGAGGACGCCGCCCGCUUCCUCAGCUGCUACUGCUCCGGAUACUGCCCUGAGGGAGCCAUCAACAACACCUGCCAGACUAAUGGUCAGUGCUUCGCCAUCAUUGAGGAAGACGAACACGGAGACGACGUCAUCACCUCGGGCUGCGUCAAGUAUGAGGGCUCGCACUUCCAGUGCAAGGACUCCCCCAUGGCCCAGACAAGGAGGACCAUCGAGUGCUGCAACUCGGACUUCUGUAACAAAGACCUCCAGCCCACCCUGCCGCCCCCCAUAGAGCUGGGUGGCUUCGACAGUGCUCAUUGGCUGGCCUUCUUCAUCUCCAUGACGAUCUGCUGCUGUACCCUGAUCUGUGUGACUGUAGUCUGUUACUACCGGUAUAAGUGGCAGAGCGAGCGCCAGCGUUACCGUAGAGACCUGGAGCAGGACGAGGUGGUGAUCCCAGCAGGGGAGUCACUGAAGGACCUGAUCCACCACUCAAACAGCUCCGGCAGUGGCUCAGGCCUGCCCCUGCUGGUCCAGAGGACCAUCGCUAAGCAGAUCCAGAUGGUGCGGCAGGUGGGGAAGGGGCGGUACGGCGAGGUGUGGCUGGGCCGCUGGCGGGGGGAGAAGGUGGCCGUCAAGGUGUUCUUCACCCGCGAGGAGGCGUCCUGGUUCAGGGAGACGGAGAUCUACCAGACGGUCCUGAUGAGGCACGACAACAUCCUGGGCUUCAUCGCGGCCGACAUCAAGGGCACGGGCGCGCUGACGCAGCUCUUCCUGAUCACGGACUACCACGAGAAGGGCUCGCUGUACGACUUCCUGCGGGUGAGCAGCCUGGACUCCGCCGGCCUGCUGCGGCUGGCCUACUCGGUGGCGUGCGGCCUCUGCCACCUCCACACCCAGAUCUACGGCACGCAGGGCAAGCCCGCCAUCGCCCACCGCGACCUCAAGAGCAAGAACAUCCUGAUGAAGAAGAACGGCACCUGCUGCAUCGCCGACCUGGGCCUGGCCGUCAAGUUCAACAGCGACACCAACGAGACAGACGUGCCGCUGAACCCCCGCGUGGGCAGCCGGCGCUACAUGGCGCCCGAGGUCCUGGACCAGCGGCUCGACAAGAACCACUUCAACGCCUUCAUCAUGGCCGACAUGUACAGCUACGGGCUGGUGCUGUGGGAGCUGUGCCGCCGCACCGCCACCGCAGGCAUGGUGGAGGAGCAGCAGCUGCCCUACUACGACCUGGUGCCCCCCGACCCCACCUACGAGGACCUGGUGGAGGUGGUCUGUGUGAAGGGCCAGCGGCCCACCCUCUCCCCCCGCUGGGGCAGUGACGAGGUACUACGCUCCAUGGUGAAGCUGAUGUCAGAGUGCUGGGCCAGUAGCCCCGCCUCCCGGCUCACCGUCCUCCGCGUGAAGAAGACCCUCGCCAAGAUGGUGGAGUCCCAGGACAUCAAGAUCUAGACCUCCACCCGAGACCUCCUCCACCCUAGACCUCCAGCCUAGACCUCCAGCCUAGACCUCCGACACCCCUAAACCCGACACCCUAGACCUCUACCCGACACCCUCGACCUCCUCCACCCUCGACCUCCUCCACCCUCGACCUCCACCCUCGACCUCCACCCUCGACCUCCACCCUGUCCCUCCUGAGUGGGGGCCUUGCUUUCUGUGAAAGCUCAGAGGCAACCGAAGAUUUGAUUGGAGAAUGGGGGAAGGGGCGGGUCUUUGAUGCCGUCUUCUUACAGGCUGACGAACUGUUAAGGCUCAGCCUGAAGCCACGCCCCCACCAUGAUGCCACACCUAUUAUCCAUGAGACCACGCCCCUCUGUGUGAUAGGGGCGUCAGUCCGGCCAUAUUGAUCAGUGUACAUAGAUGACCUUAGACCCUAGCAUCACCUGUGUGUUACAGGAAGUGAUGUAACUUCCUGCUAACUUGCUGUAUGUGUAACUUGAUGUGAUUCUUUCUGUUUAAUCCGUGCCGUGUAUUAAACAACGUAAUGUAUUGUAUCCUAGCGUUAGCAUAGCAGUACAUGUGUGUUCGUAUCCUCGCUUUAGCAUAGCAGUUCCUGUGUGUUCGUAUCCUAGCUUUAGCUUAGCAUUACAUGUGUAAGUGUAUCCUAGCUUUAGCAUAGCAGUACAUAUGUAUUUGUAUCCUAGCUUUAGCAUAGCAGUACAUGUUUGCAUGCAUGCCAGUGUGCACAUGUAGGCUGUGUGUAGCUGGUGAGAGAGGAGCUGUCUGGGAGGUGUUUGUUUUCCUCUCUCCUGAUCCUCGGUACAGGGGGGUGGCUUAUACGUUUACCCAGAAGACACCUCUGUAUUCAGUCUGUCCAAUGUAUCAAUUUUUAAGUAAAUAACCUUAUUUUAGUACACUA